CAGGUCGUAGGACCGGCUGGUGGCUCGUAAAUUGGAUUGGACCCUUGGAUUGAAUGUGUGUGGUACUCUUCGUGCUCGUACUGAUCUCCAGUCUUGUCUCCAUGGAAUACAAACAGUCCCACCUAUCAACACUUAUAAAAAGAACUCCACUCAAGAGUCCACAUUCCCAUUUGUGUUUCCUGAACUACAGAGGUCAUCGAAGGGAGCGCUAAGCGAUCUCUGCAAAUCGUCAACAUGGGAGAAGUCAAUCUGGUCAACCGUGAUGAGAACGACAUCAACAAUCAUGUUAAGGUUUGUUUCGAAGAUGUCCUGGCUGAGCCCGAGGGAAGUCACUCCAUCGACUGCGUGUGGAAGCUGUCCUACUGCUGCUUCAACUGCAGCAAGGGAUGCUGCUACAACCUCCUGGCCAUCUUGUGCGGCAUUCCCAGCGCCCUCUGCUGGGGCUUCGAGUUCGCCAUCAUCGCCUUCUACCACAUCUGGUACCUGACCCCGUGUCUGCGGGCCUACAUGAUCAACUGCGGCAUGAUGCAGAAGUACUUCGGCACCUGCUUGCAGUGCUGCAUCGGUCCCAUCUGCGAGACCUGCGGCCUCUUCUUCAGUCAGAUCACCGUCAAGAACGUGUGACCAGGGGACUGAGAGAUGAACAACAUCCCCCAACCACGUGCUAGUGUCCCACCCCAGACCCCUGACCCACCACUCACGAUGCGGGGCUUUUAUACCAACAUCAUCUGUCGUCAGUGGCAAUGAAACUGUCUUUCUUCAUUGCGGAUUCGUUAAGACACGAACGGACUGUAGUCAGAGAAAUGGGGGAAAAUAAGUUCUACUAAUAUAAAUCGAUGAUAACUGUUCUGUUUGAAUAUCUUGUAGAAUCUCACCUGCCCGGUGAAAAGCUAGUAAAGACAUGCUUUACCCUUUAGGCACACCAUGGGUGCGAAAUUCAUUCAACAUUUCUAGUGUUGCUAUGUCAGUAUUAUUUAAAGAUCUCGUCCAAUACGUUUACUUUUUUAAAUGCAGGCAACGCCAAAAGUUUAUUUUUUUCGCCUUUACUAGUUUAUAUAUCUCUCUGAAAUGUGAUUUUUGAGCAUGGAAACACCUCAUCAUGUGAAUAAUCACGGGAAUAAAUUUUAUUUUUCCUGAAUAAC